AUGGCUACCGAAGUAGUUCGCGAAUCUAAAAUUCUUCUCACUCCCGACAAUUAUGCUCUUUGGCUGCUCCCAAUGAAAGCCAAACUUCAUAAAGCUAAAUCAUUAACCAUCGUCACUGGCGAGCACACCUGUCCUGACCCUAAAGAAGACAAAGAAAACACCCGACUCUACGUCAAGCUCAAUGAAGAUGCGUAUGCUGAAAUUGUCCAACAUCACAAUCAAGAAAUCCUCGCUUACACCAAUAUAUCAAUGAACUUUGAAACCGAAGCCUUCGAGUCGGUUCUUAAAAAACUUGAAGACUACGCCUCACAAAAUCAAUUGAACGAGGUUAAGAAAGCAGUGAUUACGCCUCAAACCACGCUGUACACUCAAUCCUCCGAUCCCAAAGUCGUCUGUCCUCAUUGCAAACGUGGAUUCCGAGCAUGUUCUCAUUGCUUCAAAAGCGGACACACCGAGGCCAACUGUUUUCAAAAGCACCCUGACAAACGCGCUCCCAAAUCGGUCGCUUCCACUUCAAAACAACACUCAGCUCAUCUCACGCGUUACACUCCAGAAGACGAAGAGUAUCUUCAACAGAAAUACCCCGAUCUCCAUCUGUGA